AUGUCGCUGAAAAUCGAAAUGAAUUAUUCUCGCUUCGCGUUCCUCUCCGUGGUAUUACUGCUCUAUCAGUCGUCGCUGUCGUUUGCAGCAUCGCGGAGUUACAAUUUCACGAUUCACAGCGAAACAAGAGCUCCAGAUGGCGUCUCCCGCCAAGUCUAUCUCAUCAAUGGACAACAACCUGGACCUCUUAUCGACGUUGAUGAGGGAGAUAGUUUGGAAAUCUUUGUCCAGAACAACCUCCCCGUAGACACGACGAUCCACUGGCAUGGAAUUCUGCAGCGAGCAUCUCCUCAAAUGGACGGUGUGCCGGGUGUAACGCAGUACCCUAUACCCGCGGGAGGGAACUUUACUUAUCGAUUCAAUCUCCAAGACGAAUACGGGUUUUUUUGGUAUCAUUCGCAUCUCCGCGCGUACUACAACGAUGCAAUCAGAGGGCCGUUGCUCGUCCGCCCUUCGCCUUCGCGAGGACGACCAUUCGAGCAGCUUGCGAGCACAGAAGGCGAAAAGACGUUGCUCAUGAACGCUGAGCGAGAUGCUCCUUCCAUUCUCCUCAAUGACUGGACCCACGAACCCUCAGAUGUGAUUUGGUCGAGAUACUUCACAACUGGGGCAUUCCCAAACUGCGUGGAUAGCAUUCUUGCAAACGGUAAUGGCAGAGUGCAGUGUCUCCCCGAAUUCCAGAACGGCAUGAUGCCAAAAGCCAAUCAGACGUCCCUAUUAACGAGCUCCAUGGCGAUGAUCAUGUCAGGAAUGAACAAACGAAUGAACAUGGAUGGCUCUAGCAUGGACAUGGGAACCACAACCAUGGUCAUGGAAGGUCCAACGCGAACAACGGUCCCAGAUACGGCCACAACUGCUAGCACUACAAUGAUGAUGGCGUCGCUUGGUCCUCGCGGAUGCGCAAUGCCAAUGAUGUUCAACCCUGGUUAUAAUGCCAGUUCCCUUCCACCAGAAACUUGCACCAAUACAACUUCAAGCUUGUUAAACAUAUCUGCAAACAGUACGACAGGUUGGCUUGCGCUGAACUUGGUCAAUUCCGGCGCAGUGAGCGCGUUGCGGGUAUCUCUGGAUGGGCAUUCCAUGUUCGUUUACGCCGCUGACGGUUCAUUUGUUCAGCUCCAUGAAGUAAAGGUACUACACAUGGCUCUUGGUGAGCGGUACUCGGUGAUGAUUAGACUUAAUCAGAUGCCAGGGAACUAUUACCUUAGGUUCGCGACGUAUCCCGUGGGAGACAUGCAGCAGGUGAUGGAAGGUCAGGCAAUUAUAUCAUACAACACGACGAGCAACAUAUCCACGGACGUGAUGGAAGAUUCAUCCAUCGUUUGGAUGCUGAAAAAUGGCUCCGCCAAGUCUGAGGCUUCUCUGCUGAACCCUUCGAAGCUGGCACCUUUUGAAUCCAACAGCCCUCCUUCAAAAGCAGCCGACAGAACGCAAUUGUUUGCCAUCAAUCAAACCGGGGUAACUGCUUGGGUAAUGAACAAGGCUCCUUUCACGGAGCCUAGGGUUCCCAUCCUAUACGGUGCCCAAUCUGAGGGAUGGUUGGCGAAUACGACGAUUCGAAUGCCCUCCAACUCAGUCAUUGACAUAGUGAUGAAUGUCGCAAAUGAAUCUCUGGAUACGAUGGGCCACCCCAUGCAUCUACACGGCCACAAGUUCUGGGUUCUUGGGACUGGCACGGGAACAUUCCCCUAUGCAACCGCUCAGGAGGCGCCAAAAUCUCUUAUUAACCUGCAAAACCCACCGUAUCGCGACACAGUUGAACUUCCAUCUUCUGGAUGGGCUGUAAUCAGAUACAUUACUGACAACCCAGGCGCUUGGCUGAUGCACUGCCAUUUGCAGUGGCAUAUUGUCAGCGGGAUGGCAGUUGUCCUGAUCGAAGGAGAAGAGAAGUUACCUGGUCUACUAGGCAGCAAAGCCCCGCCGACAAAAUCAACGGCUGUGAGCUUCCGCUCCGGCUAUAAACAUAUCGCAUGGGCAACGGUCGCCAUGUUUCUAUUGUUCUAA